UACAAGUGCUUCUCUUCAAUUUAUAAAAAUGGAUGAAAGCCAAAGAGUUAUAGGGAAUUAUAAAAGAAUUUAUAAUAAGGUUAAAGUUAAAGUAUUAGUUAUUAAGGAAACAGAUUUUAAUGUGAUUGCUACUUCCCAAAAUCUUAAUUCUAAAGAAGCUGAAAAUCUUAAAUUUGACUAA